AUGCAUAUCAAUCAACUACCUUUAUGCACUCCCAGCGACUUACACGAAAUCAAUAGGUGGAACCAUACCCACAAGAAGCUCCCUGAAACUGCUUCAAUUGGCGAGCUUUUCAAACAGAUCGCUAGACAACAGAGUACAGAUCUAGCCAUUGUUAACAGCGACGGAAGUCUGCCAUUGACGUUCAGGGAACUUGAUCGCUGGUCGGAUGCUCUUGCACAAUGGUUGAUUGGCAAAGGCUAUGGCGGAGAACAAGAAACCGUUAUCGGUGUAUGGCAGACUCGGAGCACUCUUCUUGUAGUGAGCUUUUUAGCAUGUCUCAAAGCUGGUUGUGUGUAUAUGCCCAUUGAAAUGACACUUCCUAAGGAGCGAAUUCGCUACAUGCUCACAGAUACUCUUUGUCCCAUGGUGCUCAUGAAUGGAUACACACAUGAUUUUCCAUGCGCAGAUGUGGUAAAUUAUACUGAUCUUGCAAAAAACGAGAUGCGAGACCUCAUGCAGGCGGGCCCUACUUCGAACGGACCAACUCUGCCGAUGUUGACUUCCAAUCGACUUUCUCAUGUGAUCUUCACAUCGGGCUCUACUGGACUUCCAAAGGCUGUUAUGAUUCAGCAUAGCUGUCUUCUCAACUUCGUCAGUACGGAGUACAAGCCCAUCACAAGAAGGGACCGCACUGCUGUUAUGCUUAACAUUGCAUUCGAUGUCUCCAGUGGGGAAAUAUGGUACCCACUCACUCAUGGAGCAACCCUUGUCUGUUAUGUCCACACUCCAGCCUCCCCUGUUGAUAUCCAUGAUAUGGCCUCAUUCCUCACAAGGGAGAAAAUCACAUCCUUUGCCGUAUCCACAGCAGUAUUCAAGCUUCUCGUCGAUGCUGAUACAUUGCAAAAAAGUCUUCCCUUGUUACGAUCAGUCGACCUGGUGGGAGAGGCAGCGUACUUGGAAUUCAUACAACCGGUUCUUCUUGCACGGCCAGAUCUUGCAGUAUACAACUGCUAUGGACCCAGCGAGUCCACCAUAUACGCUACAACAUUCCAGGUUCCCGCCGACUAUCGUCGAACCCACAUCGCAAUUGGUAGGCCAAUGGCCAAUAUCGGAGCAUACGUUGUCGAUGAAGCGCUCCAGCCAGUGCCUCGAGGCGUGUGUGGUGAGCUCCUGCUCACAGGUUCCGGCCUUGCACGGGGUUAUCUGAACAGGCCUGAGCUCACUACGCAGAAGUUUAUUCAUCUCGAAACAUCGCAUCCAUUUGGCCCAAAUCGUGCGUAUCGGACAGGCGACAUUGUGAGAUGGACAGCCGAAGACAAACUUGUAUUCCUUCAUCGUAAGGAGGAUGGGCAGGUGAAAAUACGAGGGCAACGUCUCGAGCUUGGAGAAAUAGAACAGGUAUUGAAGCAGCAUCCGAACGUGAUGUCCGCUGCCGCUGCUCUCGUCAAGGUCCAUAACAGUGACCACGUUGUGGCGUACGCCGUUCUCAAGUCUAAGAACGACGAGGGUGCAGACGGACGGAUUCUUGAUCUCUGGGACGAUCAUUUCAAUAAUGAAGAUUCCACGUAUCAUUCGCUCCACGCAGAAAAUGGAGGCCAAAGAGUUGUUCAGUGGUAUAGCAUGUUCGACGCCCAACCUAUCCCUUCCUACGAUAUGGUGCAGUGGCUAGAUGAUACGAUUAACCAGAUUGCGCCCGCUCACGAUGAUAGGGUCCUGGAAGUCGGUGUAGGUUCUGGGAUGAUUGCUCUCCAGAUAACACCUCGCGUCCAAUCUUUCGUCGGGACUGAUUUGUCUACUCCAUCACUAAAGACGCUUGCCGCUCAGCUUAGCUCCAAUGGACUCUCGUCCAAGGUAUCCUUAUUUGCUACUCCCGCCCAUGACCUCGGUGCAGUGGCAGAGAAAUAUUCCUUCUCGCUCAUCAUCUUGAAUUCAGUUCUCCAGUAUUUCCCUAGUGGAGAAUAUUUGGCUCAAGUUCUGGCAAAGAUGGUGGAAUUGAUUGAUUCGAGUGGUCGAAUUUUCGUAGGAGAUGUACGCAGCUAUUCCCUUAUUCCACUUCACGACCUCGAACGCGCUCUGGCAAAUCUCGAAGGGGACGUAACUGCAACUGAAAUCCAAUCCAACUUGAGCCAUUACACGGAGGGCCAAACGGAACUUCUGGUGGACCCUGCUUUCUUUUUCGAUAUCGAACGCCGUCUGCCAAAAGUUGUACAUGUUGAAAUUAAACCAAAGCUUAUGUCGGUGCAGAACGAGCUCAGUCGGUAUCGAUAUAAUGUUGUGCUGCACGUCAACAAACAACCUCGUUUAUCUAGAGCAUCAACCUGGUUUGAUUGUGCUUCUCCGGAAUGGACAACAGAAGACUUACGCAUGCAACUGCGUUCAUCCAGAGAUGAUACAGUAGGGGCUCUUGCUAUCCCGGUCGCUAGCAUUCGACGUAUACGAGAGGUCCUGGAUAGUUGCGGCAACUUGAUUUCAAAGAGGUCCGUGAAUGAGAUCCGUCAAGAAAUUGCUGAGGAUCCAUCGGCGAAAUGCUCUACAACUGCAGAUAUAGACCGGAUAGCAAAAGAGGAAGGUUGGAAUGUCGUAUUCGACUAUACCCUACAACACAGCCCUACAACUUCCUUCCGAGCGAUUUUCAAGCGUAAGAGCACAUCCAAUGACGAGACUAUUGUCGGAGACUUCCCAGACGUUGCCUUCCAUGGUCCAUCACACAACACUCCAUCGAACAGCAUGACUACCGUGGCGACUACGAACGUAGUAUCCAUGGAGAAUUUUUUACGCGAAAGGCUUCCAGCGUAUAUGGUCCCAAGCCAAAUCAUCCGCGUUGCAGAGUUACCAUUGACUCGAAGUGGAAAGAUAGACCGUGCAUCGUUGGCUUCUUCGGAUUUCUUAGCUCAAUAUGAAUCGGAUAUAGGCCAUGUAUCCCAUGCAAUCCAAGGCCCUUCCACGAUAUAUCAGCGAAAAGUCUUGGCGCUCUUUUCUAGAGCACUGAACCGACCUUCUGAAACCAUUGACAUUAGGGACAGUCUGUUCGCACUCGGGGGUCAUUCCUUAAUGGCUACGUUGGUGGUAAGCGCCAUUCGCCG